AAAAUAAGAAAAGAAAAAAAAAAGAUAUAAAAAUAUUUCAAUUCCCGAGAUUCAACAUCACGAGAAGCUACGAAUUACGGAAGACGGCCGGUGGUUGCUGAUACGAAUACAAAAGACCGCAAAGUACGUUCCAUAGAUAUCAUCUCCGAUUAAGUCUUUGGCGCGUUUCCCCCUUUCCAGCAUCUCCGUGCUGUCUCCAGCUCGUUUCUGGACGAAAAAUCGAUCUUAUUGUUGAUUGCUUUUCUUUUGUACCGGUUGCAGUUUGUCGGCCGGUAAUUUUGCUGGUCCGAGAAUUCUAGGCUUGAAACCGCGUGUUUAAUCUUGGAGAAUCUAUAAUGCAGGCCUCAAGAGCAAGGUUGUUCAAGGAGUACAAAGAGGUUCAAAGAGAAAAGGUAGCAGAUCCAGAUAUUCAGUUGGUUUGUGAUGACUCCAAUAUUUUUAAAUGGACAGCCCUGAUCAAGGGACCGUCAGAGACUCCUUUUGAAGGUGGUGUCUUCCAGCUUGCCUUCGCCGUACCUGAACAAUACCCUUUGCAACCGCCUCAAGUGCGGUUCUUAACGAAAAUUUUCCACCCGAAUGUUCAUUUUAAGACGGGUGAGAUCUGUCUAGAUAUAUUGAAGAAUGCAUGGAGCCCAGCAUGGACUCUGCAAUCUGUUUGCAGGGCUAUAAUUGCUUUGAUGGCUCAUCCCGAACCUGAUAGCCCACUAAACUGUGAUUCUGGAAACCUUCUGCGUUCGGGGGAUGUCCGAGGAUAUCAAUCGAUGGCAAGGAUGUACACAAGGCUUGCUGCCAUGCCCAAAAAGGGGUGAUGUUCCGUUGCUCGGUUUCCUCUUUGCCAACCAUUGAAUUUGUCGUUCCUGCUGUCAAGAAGAAGAUUGCAGAAAGUGCUAUUGGUCACACCCACAAAUUUGAUAAAAUCCAGACAUCUUAUGUAAAGUAGUAAAGCACAUUCCAUCUUAUGUGUGUUCACUGUUAUUUUCUGUUCACUAGAUGGUCAUAAUAUGUUCUAUGUAUUGAUAGUUCUGUCUUCAAUAUAAGAAAUCAAUACUUAUUUA